CUGAGAGACGUUCUGUAGUGUGACUGAGUAUGAUACUAUUAUUAGUUACUAUGAUGUCACGCGAGUGCAUGAAUGAGCAUGCGUAGAGAGUGAGUCAUUCUAGACGUAUUCACCGGUUGGGGUGUAACUAGUGUGUAUAGAGUCUGUAUUCUUACGUUGUGUGCUAACGACAAUAGUAAUACGUGUCUGGUGCCUUAAUACGAACCCGAUAACACUACAUGGUGACAGGAGUUAAGGACUGGGAACGCUGGAUAAGAAGAUUCGAAAGAUUUCGACAAGCAUCAGGAUUAGCAGAGAAGACAGACGAGACACAAGUAAGUACGUUGAUCUAUUCUAUGGGUGACAAGGCAGAGGAUGUGCUGCAGACGUUAGGAUUGAACGAGGAGCAGAAGAAAGACUACAAGACCGUAAAAGAGACUAUGACGAGCUUCUUUGUGAAGACAAGAAAUAUCAUUUACGAACGCGCGAAGUUUAAUCAAAGAGUUCAAUUCGAAGGUGAACCAGUGGAUGAAUUUAUUACUUCGUUAUACAGUUUGGUAGAACAUUGUAGUUAUGGAGAACUUACUAACGAAAUGAUUCGGGACAGAUUGGUAGUUGAACUGUGAUGCAAAGUUGUCAGAGCAACUUCAACUUGAUGCGGAGUUAACGCUUGAAAAAGCAAUGACAAAGGUAAGACAAUCGGAGUCAGUAAAGAAACAACAAGAUGUAAUUAGAGCUUCUGCUGAAACAACGCAAGUAGCUAGAGUAAAGUCUAAUCAAGUUUGGAAGGACCAUAAGAAACUAGGAAGUUACACAACGGCAAGGAAAUUUUUCCCAGCGGAGGGUAGGAAACGCUGCCACAGAUGUGGGAAAGUGCCAGA